CGGACUUCCAUCGACGUCCAUCGAUAGCGACACCACGACGAGUGGCGAGGCAUGUGUCAGCUGCUUUCCCGCCGGCAAUCCCAUUUCCCGAUCCACCGUGUCUUACAUUACCAUGAUCGAAAUCGAACAUAGCAACACACAUUAGCUGGACCAUGUACCAGACGUUCACGGGAUCAGCACGCCGCCGCCCGCAAGUCAACCUUUCUGGACGAGGGACCAAUCCCUUCGCCAAAGCGAAUGGCACUGGAGGUGGUGCACAGGCUGCCGUAGCCUCUGCACAACAGGAUCGAGCAAAUCGCGCCUUACAGCGAGAGCGAGUGCAGGCGUCGUCUCGCAUCCAGCGCACUUGGCGGGGCUGUCAGGCUCGGAGGCGGACUUUUAAAAUAUGGCGGGCAGUGUGGGACGAACAAGAGGACAAGGCGGAUGGACCAUAUGCUUCCGAGGAAGAAUCGCUGCAACAACUUCGUCGAUUGAUGCUGUUCUAUGCCCCUCGAAGUGAGCCAGGCGAUGUCAACAGGCUGGCGUGGUAUGGCACGAGGCAGAUCACCACAAGCGGGACAGUGACCUGCAGGAGUGCGAGAUGGCCAUCGGCAUACGCAAAGUUGACACGGGCAUGCCUCGACGCUCUACGAGCAAAGGCUGCAAAGGAAUCGGAUUCAGAGCGCACAUUGCUGGGCAUCCUGGCCUUCUCGGCCGGACAGUCAACAUUCGACGUACAAUCUGCCACUGAGUACUAUGAAGUGCUCACGUCGGUCGGAGGACUACCCGCGGAGCCUCUACAGGCAGCCUUGUUGGCGCCUCUGCAAUCGACAGCCGCAUACACCGGUCUCGUCGUCCUUUUGGAGCACCCGCAGAGUACGGAGAUGCUGGAACUGCUAUCGACUGCCGUAGACGUUGGCGCCCUUUCCGAGGCUGUCGCCGCAGCGGCCCGAUCACGCGAUACAACAACUCGGGCUCGGCUAUGGCUUUUGGGCAAUGUCAUCUAUCUUGCGAAGCAUUCCAGGAGCAUAUCCUUUACAUCCGCCGUUGCUCGAUUGCUCGGCAGUCUGGCUGAUGAAAUCGAUUUCGAGAGUCAUCCCAUUAAUCUGGACAAUCAGGCAUUUGAUGAACUGUUGACAACAACAGGUGCUGUGCGGUUGAAUACCUAUUUGCACUCCCAGGUGGCCUCUCUGCUAGAUCAGAAUGCAAUUCGAAAUCUUCUUGUCGGCAAGGAAAACAGUGCUAGUGACGCGCAAACGCUCGCGGGAUACGCACUCACACUUCUGCGUUGUUUCCCACGCCAAGGAGACAACAUUCGGAUGUGGCUCCAUCUGGGUCCAACAAAUGUGGACAGCGUGUCGCCCACGAGGUAUCUGUGGGACGCUGCGAAACAGCGUCGAGUAUUUGAUCAAAUUCGCUCGAACUCUAGAGGAGUAGUUUCGCUGUUGAAGAAUAAGACACCUUCAGCAAGCGAAAAAGACGAUUGGACUGUCGCUCUAGUCUUUUUGGAAAUGUUCUCUUUCGACCUGAAAAUCAUGGACGACGAAGAGUUCAUGGGUAACAGUCCUGUGAGCAAACGCAACAGCGCCGUGCCGACAGACGAUGUCGCUCAUCUGGUGACAUUCUGCAAGAACCUGGGAUUCAGUUUAUACUACGAUGCCGCCGAGCUGAACGAGACCAAGGCUGCACCUGCGCCUGCCCUGUUCUCCUCUCGUUUCAAGUCUGCCGAACUACCAGUGCUCGAGGACACGAAGCCUCUGACAGUUGCUGGGCUGCCUGGCUUGACAUUCGAUUAUCUCAAAGGUCUCGUCACAGCUCUGCUGCGUGCCAUCUACGAAAGAGACUCUCGUCGCAAAUUUCUGCCAAAAGAUCACUGGCUCAUGACAGAUCGCUUCGACAUGACGCAUUUCAUCGGCGGGGUGGUUGAAGAGGAAGAGCGUCGUCAUUUGGUACAGGACCAAGACGAUGAAGAUAAGGACGACGACUCCGACGACGAUUUGGACCAACCCAUAAUUGGACUAUCGAAUCGCGCCAGUGUUAUCCGUGCACAAGAAAGACGGCAGCGACAGCAGCGGAAGGCAAGCAGACAACGCUACCUACAAUCAGUGGCUCCAAAGCUCGAGAUUCUCCAAAACAUGCCAUUCAUCAUUCCGUUCCACACACGAGUCGAGACGUUCCGGCAAUUUGUCCAUCUCGAUCAAGAAAAGCGCCGUCACGGUGUGGUUGAUCCCGACCUGUGGCGUCAUAAUAUGAUGUUCCAGCCGCAUGCCAACGGUCGAUCACCCCAGGACAUGCUAGCCAGACAUCAUGCGAAGAUCAAGCGCACACAAGAAUUUGAGGACGCCUUUGAGCAAUUCUACGAACUCGGUCCAGACCUCAAAGAGCCUAUCCAGAUCACUUUUGUCGAUCAAUGGGACAUGCCCGAGGCUGGUAUCGACGGAGGUGGCGUGACCAAGGAGUUCCUCACGAGUGUAAUCAAUCAAGCCUUUGACCAGAAAGAGGACAAUGAGCAGACCAAGUACUUCGUGGAGAAUGAAGAGCACCUCCUGUAUCCAAAUCCUACAGCGUUCGAAGAACUCAAGCUCAUCUUGAAGAGUUACGGAUACGACGAGAACACGCAGCAGACAAGAGAGGUACUCAGAGAGUAUUUCAAAAAGUACGAGUUUCUUGGGCGCAUUAUUGGCAAGUGCCUCUACGAAGGCAUUCUGGUCGAUGUGAGCUUUGCCGGAUUCUUUCUCAAGAAGUGGGCUCUUACUGGUGGCGCCGGUAGUUCCGCGAGUGACAACCACUAUCGACCUAACAUUAAUGACCUUCGCGAGCUUGAUGAAGGGUUGUACAGAGGUCUGCUACAAGUAAAGAACGCAGAAAAUGUUGAGGAACUCGGCAUGACAUUCUCGGUGAACGAUGCUAUCACAAUUAACACGGACGGAGUGCAGGAGACGAAGAUUGUCGAGGUCGAUCUGGUGCCAGAUGGCUCAAAUACUCCUGUCACGAACCAGAAUCGAUUGGCAUACAUCAAUGCCAUUGCUUCGUAUCGACUGAAAGGACAAGCACAGCGACAAACUCGAGCCUUCUUGCGCGGGCUAAGCGAUAUAAUCCAACCCAGCUGGCUAUCCAUGUUCAACCAAUCCGAGCUACAAACCCUCAUCGGCGGCUCCGGAGCGGGCAUCGACAUCAACGACCUUCGACGGAACACGCUAUAUGGUGGCACGUACGUGAUUGGUAACGAUGGUCUCGAGCACCCCAGCAUCCAGAUGUUCUGGAAAGUCUUCUCUAGCCUCCCUGACGAAGAUCGGCGAAAAGUGCUGAAAUUCGUUACGUCCACGCCACGGGGACCACUGCUUGGAUUCUCGCAUCUUAAUCCCAAGUUCAGUAUUCGAGACAGUGGGAGCGAUGAGAACAGAUUUCCGACGACGAGUACGUGUGUUAAUUUGUUGAAAUUGCCCAUGUAUAAAAGUGAGAAGGUUUUGAGGGAGAAGUUGCUGGCUGCUGUGAAUAGUGGGGCUGGGUUUGAUUUGUCGUGAGGUGGAUGGAUUAUUGAUUUGGCAUUGGGACUUGGGUUUUGGGGUUCUUUUUUAGCGAUGGCGCUUAGUAGAGGAGAGGAAAUGAUAGAUAGAUUCUUACGAACGAAAGGGGAACUUUGCAUAUGCGGAGUGAGAAUAAUGCAGUGCAGAGGAUGAAUGAAAGAAUUAAGGAUUUUUAAGUCUUGUGAAUGAAUAACAACGACAGAAGACGAGCUGCGUCAAGCACGCGCGGCGGCUUUGGAGAAGUGCAGAAACUGCAUUACUACUGUCCCUAGUUUCUAUAGAAUCGUCAAAACGAUAGCAGCUGCCUUUAGAAGUCCCAAAGCAUAGCUUGAGCAGUGUACGACGCAUCUGCAGCCCCCAGAUAAGGCGCAGGCAGGCAUCGAUGUACCAUCGCUCCUCUGCUCUCUUACUUCGCCCCCUCCCGAAGACAGCAUUUCCCCUUCUACUUUUCAAGAAGCCCGCCGACUGCUCACCCUUCGGUUGUCCCACACACUUUCUCCCUCUCCUGGAGCGUUUCCGUCACGAUUAAUCAAACAGGACUCUGAUCGAAGACCUUAGAUAGACUCUAGCGGCAAUCUCCCCUCGUCGUCUUGAAUUUGGAAAAUUAUUCCUGAUUUUCGGAUUCCCAAGGAACCACCGUCCUUCAG